AUCCUUUCUCGUGCUCAGCAUGGUAAUUUGAACAGUGAUUUUUUUUUUUAAUUUUCAAAAUAGAAGCAAAUCAUCUUGUUUUGUCUUGAUUGGGUUAUGCGAGUGGAGGAAAUUAACUUUUUUUUUAUUAUUAUUGGAAUAAGCUCGUGUUGCGAUUAUUUCAAGUAAAUUUUGGAAUUUAUUUUCUUAUAUAUUCUCUAUCAGAUUUCUGAAGGAAACUUUGAAGGGUUGAUUAUACAUUUGAUAUAAGAAAGUUAGCAUCUGGUAUAUUAGAUUGGAAAGUGACAAUUUAUUUGAUAAGUUGUGGUUGUUAGCUGUUUUGCAAUUUAUUUUUGUUUGAAUUAGUUAGUAGCGUAAUUAAUUGUAACUUGUGAGUAGUGAUUCAUUUGACUUUCUGUGAAAACGUGACAGGUUGGAAUUAGAUGGUUCAAAAUAGCGUUGAGUAUCAGUUUAGUUUCCACAGUGUUUGGGAUUUAACAGAGGAAAGUCUGCCAUAUAUCAGCUUUACAUUUUUGAACCUCUUUUUUUUUCUUUCUUAGGCUUUGUUGUUGUUUUUUUUUUUUGUUUUGGAGGACGGGUGGGUUUGGUUUCAAAUAUUUACAUGCCAUUUAAUAAGUUAAUCAUUUUUGUAUAUUGUUAAUAGAUAUAAAUCGAAACUGUCAUUUUGAGAAAAAAAUGAGAAAAAAUAGUCUGUUUAUAUAUUACUACUAUUUUGGUAGAUAACGAUCAUUUAGCAAAAAGGAAACAAAAAAAAAAAAAAAGCUCCGAAUCCUUUGAAGAUUGAACUCACACCAGAAAAGAGCUCUUCAAGUUUCAUUUUAAAAUUUUUAUAUCCUCUUAUUCAAACCUGCUGCUGCUGUGCUGGGGUUCAUCCUUCUAAAAAAUUGCUUUUACUUUGUCUCUUUAAAUGAUUCAAGUGCGUGAAUAUUUGCUUGGAAAACAAUAAUUGAAGAAAUGAUAGCGGCAAGGCGACUUGACAAGAUAUCAAGGCUGAUGGGAAGCAGAGCCACUCCUUAUUCGCUUAAAGCUCUCAAUAAGGAAUCAUUGCUUUGGACUGAAUUUUGGAACCCUAAAGUUAGGCUGCUUUGUAACAAUGAUGGUGUUGCUGCCUUUUCUUCAACUUCUCAUUACAGCUCCAAUUGCAAUCAUAGUCCCACAAAUAAGUCUAUACCCUAUGCUACACUCCAGGUCUUAAGAAACCUUCCUGGAUAUGUAAAGAUAGUGGAGGUUGGUCCAAGGGAUGGAUUGCAAAAUGAAAAGGAAAUUGUACCUACCACCAUAAAGGUCCAGUUGAUAAAAAUGCUAGUUUCUUCAGGAUUGACUGUUGUUGAGGCCACAAGUUUUGUCUCGCCAAAAUGGGUUCCGCAGCUGGCAGAUGCAAAGGAUGUAAUUGAUGCAAUCCAGAAUAUUCGAGGAGCCAGAUUUCCAGUGUUAACUCCCAACCUUAAAGGUUUUGAAGCUGCUGUUGAAGCUGGAGCCAAAGAAGUGGCCAUCUUUGCCUCAGCUUCUGAGUCCUUUUCUAAGUCAAACAUAAAUUGUAGCAUUGAAGAUAGUCUUGCUCGUUAUAAAGAUGUUGCUUCUGCUGCUAGAAAGCUCUCACUUCCAGUUCGAGGAUAUAUAUCAUGUGUCGUUGGUUGUCCAGUGGAAGGAAUGGUGCCUCCAUCAAAAGUAGCAUACGUGGCUAAACAGCUCUUUGAUAUGGGUUGCUCUGAAAUAUCCCUUGGUGAUACAAUUGGUGUUGGUACACCUGGCACUAUCAUUCCAAUGAUUGAAAAUGUUAUUCGUGUUGUCCCAAUUGAUAAGCUUGCUGUCCAUUUUCAUGACACUUAUGGGCAAGCUCUUUCUAAUAUUCUAACAUCGCUCCAAAUGGGGAUCAGCACUGUGGAUUCAUCAGUUUCUGGCCUUGGAGGUUGUCCAUAUGCUAAGGGUGCUUCAGGAAAUGUUGCCACUGAGGAUGUUGUUUACAUGCUCAAUGGACUUGGAAUAGAAACAAAUGUGGAUCUUGAAAAGCUCAUGUUGGCUGGAGAUUUUAUAUGCAAGCAUUUGGGUCGGCAAUCUAGUUCGAAGACAGCAGUUGCAUUGACUAGUAAGAAAGCAAACUCCAAGCUUUAAGUUAUGCUUGGAAGGAAAGAAAAUGGAGGAAAGGUGUUGAGGAAGUGACUUUAAAGCUUGGACACAAUUCGGUGAGAGAGCUCUACAAGUUGCAACACUAAAUGGGGGUGUCAAAAUUUGUUUUAGUGUUCUAACAGCCUGUAGCUUUAUUAUAGUAAACUUUUAAUUUCGGUGCUUAAAAUUUAAAAAUUUAAAUCUUGACAGCUUUAAAUGUAAAAAAAAAUGUAUAUUCAAAGUUUUCUUUUUCAAAUGGUCAAGUCAAAGCUAAGGAAGAGUUGAGAAAGUCUAACCUUAAAUAGUGUAUUUGCCCUUUUUUUUUUUUUUUACGCCAAUAGGUUAUAUGCGUUGUCAGAGUAUUGGGGAUCUACUAUGGCCGGUUCGAAUGGAGCCAUGUGUCUUAAUUGUAGUAAAGGACAGUUUAGCUGGCAAGCUGUCCAAAAUAUUCUUUGGGAGAUCCUUAAUCUUGAGCCCGAAGGGGCUAUAGAGGUGUCCUUGAUGUGAGGACACACCCAAGUGUCCUCUCUAGCACUUUAUUCCCCGCGUUAAGACCAAGUGUCCGAGGAGCGUGAUCAUAACACAUUUUAUCCCACUAUCUUCUCUGCAUUGACACUAAUCUGUGGCAAUAGCAAGCAUUGAACAGUUCAGCAUUGCUGUGCUCAAAAUGAAGUAAAUUUUACUUUGAAUUUUUCUUUCUUCACUAAUUCCUCUCUCUACUUUGAAAAUUACCAAAAGAACUCAUUAUUAGAGAAAAUGUUU